AACACUGAAGUUCACAUACAAGUUUUGUUUACCGGUUAAAUGUAUUGUUUUGUUAACAAAUCGCAAGCAGAUUCGAUGAAACAAUGAAAACCCCUGGCGCCGGCAAAAAGUCCACCAAGUCACGCUCCAAGUCGACCAAGUUGGAACUGGCAAACAAGAACGCGGCGUCAGCAGCAGCAUCAGCCUCAACGGCGGCCACAGCUUCCACUUCUGCACUGGGCGGGGGCGUGGCCGUGGGCAGCCUGCCGGCUACUCCUUCACACCUCAACAUGGUCACAACACCCACGACGCCCACCUCAAGUUUUGGCAACUACAACAUGUUCGAUGCUUCGUUCCAAGUGGCGAGUAGCGGACAUGGAGCAGUAGGUGGUGCGUCGGGAGAGGCUUGCAGUAAUAGCAGUCGAGUGAUCAACCAAAAAAGCUAUGCAGGGUUUGACCCGCGGAGUAUUAAGAUUUUCUGGGAACAGCACGAUCAAACGGACGUAGAACUGCCACAGGACGUGUGCGCUCGCCUGGCAGAGGAUGCCACCUACAAAGUCUGGGAGUUGAUCAACAACGUAAAAACCUAUUCACGCCAUUCAGGCGGGGUGGUCACCUACGACCUAGUCAACGAAGUGCUCAAAGAUGCGGAUGUUCCACCUAUGCUAGGGGCCAUGGACAGUGACUGGGACCGUAUCGACUACGACGGCAGCUACUACUUUCACUCGGACAAGAUCUUUGAGCUGCGCGAAGAGUUCCAGACAGAAAUCACUCUCACAGUGCCUGGAGACGCGGACUUCCACAGCUUCUGUCCAGUGGAAGACAAGCACUUGGAGCAAUUGAAGCAGGUGGUACAGAAUCUGGUGACGGCUGCUGUGUUUGCGGAUAGCAAAUCCCAGAGGGAGGCUGUGUGUCACGCCUUCCAGACACCCUUGAUGGGUUCCAUCUACCGCGUUAUAGUAACUAAGGUUAUCAAUCUGCUGGCCUUCAAGCAGCAGGAUCAGUUGAGUCAACGGUGCUGGCGACUCCUGCGCGCCUGUAACUACAACUCGCAUGUGAAUCAAAUCUCCUGUCGGCCCGAGUACUUUCACCUGGCGGAGGUGCUUGUAUGUCAGCUAUUAGCCCCCUACGAGACCAUCAAGUCUCCUCCAGAAGCCAGUGAGGGGCUGGGCACAGAUCCUGGUUCCAUCACCGUGAAAAUGGAGUACGAUGAACAGCUUAAGCUCGAGCCAGAGCAGUUCUCAAAUCAGGAGGAACCAAUGAUGGAGGUAGACAAGCAGGAACAGGCGCAAGAUCAGCCAAUGUUUGCCAGCGAGAACAGUCAGGAGCACACCAUCUACAAGCUGCAGACCGAGGACGAGGAGGAAGCUCCGGACCCAGAGCUUCAGCGUAUGUCCAGCUUCUUUGCCAGUCCCGUGGGAACUGGUUAUGUAGAGGAUCUGUGCGAUACCAUUGGACAGUUGGCGUCGCAGAGUGGUUACUUCCACUCCGAGUGCCUAUUCCUAAUCACGAGGCGUCUGGCCAGGUACUUUGAGACACGCGAUUCUUGUAGUGAGCGGGACUUGAAGUACGUGAGAAGGGCAGUGCGUGGACUGAUUGCUCUGGGAGAGUAUGCCUUUCGAGAAUUCAUUCCCUACAUAUAUAAAUUGCAAGCGGAUACGAUUCCGGAGUGCAUGUGGCAGGAUCUGGCGCAGGCUGCCAUAUUCCUUGGAGGCAAGGAUGAUAUCUACCUGUACGAGUGGCUGGAGUACGGCUGCGGAGCAGCGUUACAGCCUUUUAUGGUUCAUUAUGCACGGAGCUAUGAAAAUAUGAUCACCAAACGGUAUGAGAGCACAGGAGCUCCAGCUUACAGAGUGGAACCCGUGCCUGGAGUGCGUCGCUUGGAGUGGAGCACCUUGGCCGCGGCCAUGUGCCACGGUGACGACCCAAGCAAGGCCCUAAAGCCAAAACCCACUCUGCGGGAAGCCUUUCCGGAGCUGCAGCAGCCCAAUCUCCAACACAACUGCGCCGGAAACAUUCGGUUUAAGUUCGCCGGCUGCCGGCCAGUGCUGCUUAAGCCGAAGACUCUCAGUGUCUCACAGCCUGGGGACUCUCCUUCGUCAACCACGAAUGGCGGUACUGGCUGCGGGGCCAGCUCCGAAAUCUUCAUCGCCAAGCGAAAGCUUUUCAAGCCGCUGACGAACGUCAGAAAGUGGUCGCCUGAAAGUGGCUACCACUACCUGCGGAUCUGAGCUUGAAAGGGUUAGGAUCUCAAUAAAAAAUACUUAUU